AUGUCACCAACCACCGAACCGACUCAUCACCAGGAUCAGGACAGUGCCGGCACUAGCGGUGUGUUCACCACGGCACCAUCGACUCCUGCUGCCCCUCCGUCCACGAUACCUUCCCGGGUGGUCGAGACCCUGGGUUCCGAAGCCGUCCCUCCCGUGCCUCAGACCAUGCUCAAGUCUCUCGGGAACACCUACGUCUUGUGGUUCCCGUUCGGGCUGAUAGGGUUCCACCAUUUCUACCUUGGGAACCCGAGUUACGGCAUUGCGUACCUCACCACGUUUGGGCUGUUCGGUCUCGGGUGGGUGGUGGACUUCUGGCGUAUGCCGAGACUCGUGAAAGAAGCUAACCUCAAGAUUGAGGCCAGAUGGAUGUGGGAACACGAAAUUGCCAACUUGCCCUCAGACGAAGAAGUUCCUAAAUUCGACUACGAGAUUCCAAAGCAGCUGAGCGACUGUUACCUUUUAGGCUCUCUGACUGGGGUUUUAGGUCAUCAUCACCACUACCUGGGUCGCCACGGCUGGGGUCUGCUCUACCUCGUCACUGUCGGUCUCUUCGGCGUCGGUUUCAUCAGCGACUGGUUCCGUAUGCCGAUCCUCCUGAAGCGGUACAACACCAAGAAAGCGCAGCGGAGAGCCGGUCUGAAGGAAUCCCCGAAAUACCACCUAGACGACGCCUACAUCAUGGCCAUUCCCGGUGGGCUUCUCGGCUUCCACAACUUCUACCUGGGCCGGUAUCCGUGGGGUAUACUCUACCUCUUCUCGUUCGGCAUGGUCGGUGUCGGCUGGCUGGUCGAUCUGAUACGACUACCUUACCUGGUCGAGGACGCGAAUCUCAGGGUGGCCUCCGGGCUUUCGCCUCUGUCGCUCGGUAUCGCGCAAGGUGCUAAGUACUGCUCGAUCGACGAGUCAACGCCCCAGAUAGACCCGAACUAUUCGGACUACAACUCCGGUCAGUUGCACUAUAAUGCGGGGAUAUCAUCGGCUACGGACUCUGACUCGCAGUCUGUGGUCAGUAGGAGAGGAAUGAACACACGGCAAGGUCAGGUGAUGCCUCCUCGGUCAGCCGGAUUGCCCGAACCUCCACCCCCGUAUAUUCCGCAAGCCGCCUCUACUGACCCCUGGAAAAGCCUUAUUGAUACCGGUGAACCAUUAUCCGGGAUCGAGCAUGACCAAUAG